GCAGCAUCUCAGCCUGACAACUACUUCAUUUCGGAACCAUUGUGUCGGCCAUUUAAGUUGACGUGGUAGACGGUAGAGAUGACGACACCUUUGUUGAUGGUACUGCUCCUUGCUGUUACGGUCGCCCAGCUGCCACUCCCGUAUGGCACAUCAAAGACUAGAGCAGUACCCCAUGCAUGGCUGACAACCGUGUUAACCACAGCGUCCAAUCCUCAGUGUUCAACGUUCUUCUUUACAGAUGGCAAAACCUUCGCCACCGCUGUCUUCACGGACUUCUUGGCUCAGUUCCGGAACCCUUGUGGUGUGGGGCUGUUCGAGGUGGCAGUGGACGGCAAGGACGCUAACGUGACGCAGCUCUCCCGGGUGGUCGACGAGGCUCGGCAGCUGCGGCAGGUGUCAUGGUGCGUGACGGUGGUGGUGGUGAGCGACGACCCAACCUUCCUCGCCGCCUUCGCCGAGUGGUCCCUCAAGGGCCACCUCCUGGUGUGGUCGACGAGACUCCUCGCCGUAACUCACCUGCCUCUCCCUGACCUACGCUACAUCCACAGGACCUUUUCCAGGAUGAACGCUAUGGUCGUCAUUGUGGAAGACGCAACUGAGACAUUGAAGUGCAAUGUGUACAUACACUUACCAUACAGUUCUCCAGAGGACCGAGCUGUGCGUCUUGCCUUCUGGACGCCCCAGCGAGGUCUCACCCUCACUACCCACUUGCCGCUUUUCCCUGACAAAUACUCCAAAUUUCUUAACCGACCAACCCUUGUCGUGGCAGCAGAGGAGGUCCACGCCCAGAAUGGUGCCAAGGGUCGCAAGAGUAACAAGCUGGAGUACCUAUCACAAGGCCUUAAUUUCACGUACAAGUACGUGCAUCCAGCUGAUGGGACGUUUGGCUCUGAGCAAGAUGACGGGUCGUGGUCGGGAAUGAUAGGCAUGGUGAGCAGAGAGGAGGCAGACUUCUCCGUAGGACCUUUCGGUGUAUCAGCCAACAGGGCUGAGGUAGUGGACUUCACCUGGCCAGUGACUAUAUCGUACUCAAGGAUCGUAGCUGGACUCGGACGGCCAGAGCUGGACCCAUGGGGCUUCCUGCUGCCCCUGGCACCACUGGUGUGGGCGUUCAUCCUGGCGUCGUUACUGCUGCUGCCUGCGGCCAUGUUCAUCUUGUCUUUGUGUUCCUCUAUGAAAGCUACUGACCAAUGGGUAUGGGUGACGGAUGGCUUCACCUUACUCCGUAUAUUAUUACAACAAGACACUUCGGUGCCAGACAACUGGUGGUGGAGACGGGUGGUGGUGGCCGGGUGGAUGGUUGGGGCGCUGGUGUUGAUCAGGAGCUACUCUGGUAACCUCAUGUCUGUACUGGCUGUACAAUACAUCAGGCAGCCAUUCCAGACUCUCCGGGACGUCCUGGACGAACCUUCCACCACCAUGAUAGUGCAGAUCAACACAACUAAUGUCCAAUAUUUCCGUAGUGUGGAGUCUGGCAUCUUCCGGGAGGUGGCGGAGCUUGAACAGAAGGGGCUUAUCAAGUUCCAGAAGCUUUCCGAAUUCUUCCAUAGUAUGGACACCCUAGUGAGACACGGCCACCACGUCUUGUUCGACAUUGAGAUAGUCAUCAGUAUGAUCAUAGGCAGAGACUUCUCAAAAUCAGGUCGCUGUGACUAUUACUCGUCUAGGGAGAGGUACCUACCUGUGGUGUUAUCCAUGAUAGGCCAGAAAAAUAGUCCCCUUGUACCUGAACUAAGCAAAAGGAUAUGGUCCAUGACAGAGAGCGGCCUCUACAACAAGUGGUUUGAUCUGGGCGUCCCAAACUCUACUGCCUGUACUUACCCUCCCACGAACAUCACCCAAAGUGCCUCCUUCUCUCUCGCUCACUUCUGGGAAGCGGAUAUUGCACUUGGACCGUUCGGGAUCACCGAGAGCCGCACUGAGGUGGUGGACUUCACCUGGCCAGUGACUAUACAGUACUCGAGGAUCAUGGGAAGUAGAGGACUCCCAGAGGUGGAUCCUUGGGGCUUCCUGCUGCCUCUCACGCCGCAGGUGUGGACGGCCAUCCUGGCGGUGCUGUUGCUGCUGCCUGUGGUCAUAUUCCUCUUGUCUUCAUUCUUCUCAUUUAAAGCUGUUAAUCAACACACAUGGACGAAGGAUAUUUUUGACCUCAUUCGCAUAUUGUUACAACAAGACAACCUGGUACGGGGCAGCGAGUGGUGGAGGCGAGCAGUUGUGGCGGGAUGGAUGGUGACGGCGUUGGUGUUGAUCAGGAGCUACGCUGGGAACCUUAUGUCCAGUCUGGCGGUGAGACACAUCAAACAGCCCUACCAGACCAUUAGGGAUGUGCUGAAUGACCCCUCCACCUCCAUGAUAUGGCAGAUCAACUCUUCCAAUGUCCAGUAUUUUCGUCUGGAUGAGCCAUGGUGUUCUACGAAGACGUCAAGUUGA